AUGCAUCAGAAAAUUGUCUACUCUCCUUACCUAAUCUAUUGUUUUAACAAACUUUAUAUAUUGGACUUUAAUAUACAGGGUGACUGCCAGAUAAAAGUGCUCAAAGAGACGAAGAAAGCCCAGAAGCAGGUUAGCAAGAGUAAACAGAAGCAGGCCGUCAAGAAGAUACCACAACCAGCGCCCGUACUACUGGAGGCGGAGUCAGACGAAGAACCGCCCCCCGAGAAUGAGCCUGAAGCGGAACCCGCGGCGGAUGCGGACGCGGAGCUCCUGUGUCAACUGACGGGCGCUCCGCUUGAUGAAGACGAACUGCUGUUCGCAGUGCCCGUAGUGGCGCCUUACUCAUCACUACUACAAUACAAGUUCAAAGUGAAGCUAACGCCUGGCAGCAACAAGCGAGGUAAAGCGGCAAAAACAGCUGUCCAGGUGUUCCUAAGAGACAAGAACACGAGCCCGAGGGAAAAAGACCUGUUAAAAGCUGUGAAGGAAGAAAACAUAGCAAGGAACUUCCCUGGAAAAGUGAAGUUAUCCGCCCCACAGCUGCAUAAACAUAAGAAAUGA